CGCCGCCGCCAGCGGCUGCUUCCAGUCCAUGAAGACCCUGCGGCUGCUCUGCCCCGAGCACCUGGCUGAGGCUGUGGAUAUGGAGGACGCGCGGUGCUCGGCGUGCGACGGGCCGGGCGAGCUGCGGGACCUGGUGUUGUGCACCAGCUGCGGGCAGCACUUCCACGGGGCCUGCCUGGGCAUCUCCCUGACGCCUCGCAAGCGCUCGGGCUGGCAGUGCCCCGAGUGCAAAGUGUGCCAAACCUGCAGGCAGCGCGGCCAGGACUCUGCCAUGCUGGUGUGCGAGGCGUGUGACAAGGGCUACCACACCUCCUGCAUGGAGCCAGCCACCCAGGGCCUCCCCACCGGCUCCUGGAAGUGCAAGAACUGCUGGGUCUGCUCAGACUGUGGCCGGCACCCCUCGGGGCUCGACUCCAGCUGCCACUGGUCCCCGUGGUCAGCGGUGUGUGGGGACUGCCAGCAGCGCCGUGCCACGGCCGAUGUCCCCACGGAGCCACAGCACUCACCACAGCCUGACCCGCCCGCCCAGAUGUCAGAGUCCCCUGCCCCCAGCGAGCCGACGGAUGCGCCCGUGCCCCCGCCUGAGCUGGAGCCCGUGGGGGGUGAUGAGGAGAUACAGCCCCUCGUGGACCCCAAAGAGGCACCCCCAGACCCCAACAAGAUACCCCCAGACCCCGAAGAGGCAUCCCCAGACCCCAAGGAGGCUCCCCCAGGCAGUGCUGAGCCUCCUCCUGGCGAGCUGGCCUCUGUGGAGGUGCUCCCCAGUGAGGGACCCCCUGAAGACCUGCCCUCUGCUGAGCUGCCCCCCGAUCAGCCGCCCCCCGACACGCAGCCCUCUGACAUUCAGCCUCCUGAUGUGCAGCCCCCCGAGGAGCCCCUUGCUCUCAUGCUGCCCCCCGAGGAGCCUCCCUCAGAGGAGCUGCCCCUCGAGACGCCAUCCCUUGCUGAGCUGCCCCCUGACAGACCCUCCCCUGAGGAGUUGCCCCCCAGUGAACCACCCCACAACGAGCUGCCCCUCGACGUCCCUCCCCUUGCCGAGCUGCCCCCUGAGAAACCAGCGUUUGAAAAGUCACCCUCCCAUGAGCUGCCCCCUGAAGUAUUGCCCAUUGACAAAUCACCCCCUGACGAGCUGCCCCCCAGUGAGUCACCUCCCCCCACGAGCCGCAGCUCGCUGAGCUCCACCUUGAGGAGCUGCCCCCCAACGAGCCGCCCCUUGAGGAACUACCCCCCAAGGAGCCCCCCCUCAAGGAGCUACCCCCCAAGGAGUUGCCCCUCGAGGAACUACCCCCCGAGGACCCCGCUGCCCCUUGAAGAGCUGCCCCCCAGUGAACCACCCCCCAUUGAGCUGCUCCCCGAGGAACCUCCUCCCAAAGCGCUGCCCCCCGAGAAGCUGAGCCCUGAAGAGCCCCCCGUUGUCGAGUUACCCUCUGAAGAGCUGGUCCCCAGUGAGCUGCACCCCGAGGAGGACCUGAAACCACCAGGUCUCCUCCCUGAGGUGACAGUGGCAGAGGAAGCUCCAGCCCUGGCUCCAGAGGUGCUCCCCGAGGAGGAGAUGGAGCUGGAGCCAGAGCCCUCGCUGCCCCCUGAGAUGACACCCCCACCCUCAGCUCCCCCAGCUCUCCGUGCCAUCUCACCUGCACGGACUCCAGCCCCCUCCCCUGAUGCUAAGGAGGACGAGGUGCUCGAGCCCCCCACCCCAGCCCUGCCCGAGCCCCCUGGCAGCCCUGGCACCGCCAUGGACACCGACCCCCCUGGCUCCCCACCGCCACCCCUGGGCUCCCCUGCUGUCACCCUGGCCCCCGCUGAGCCGCCUGAGGAUGAGGAGAUGGAGAUGGCCGGUGGCGAGGGGGAGUCCCCAGCCAGCCCCCCUGGAGAUGCCCCCCAUGGCAGCCCAGCCCCUGAGCUGGGGCCCUUCCCGAGCCUGCCUGAGGAGGAGGAAGAGGAGGAAGAAGAGGCGCCGAGGCUGGAGAGGGAGGGCACCAGUGGAAGCUCCCCGCCGCUCAGUGAGGAGGACGCGCUGGAAGAAGCCCGGGCUGGGGGGGACCCUGAAGUCAAGGGGUCCCCUUCGGGGUCACCCCUGCUCCUGGAACCGGAGGAGCUGGGCCCUGAGACCCCCAUGGAGGUGUGCACUACCAACGAGAAGCUGCUGGGGCACGGGGACGAGGGGUGCCCCGAGCCCCCCGCGCUGCGCCCGCGGCCCGACAUCCUCAACGAGAUCUCCAACCUGAGCCAGGGGGACACGAGCAGCAGCUUCCCCGGCUCGGAGCCGCUGCUGGGGUCCCCGGAUCCUGAGGGUGGGGGGUCGCUGUCCCCUGAGCUGGGCCCGGCCUCGGCUGAUGCCAGCCUGCAGAAGGAGGACGCUGGGUCGCUGCCCCUGGGUGCUGAGACCGAUGACUCGCUGCUCUUCGAGCCAGCAGCCAAAGGUGACGGGGACAAGAGCCGGCGCCGCAGCUCUCCCGGGCGCUCCCGUGUCAAGCAGGGUCGCAGCAGCAGCUUCCCUGGGCGGAGGCGCCCCCGAGGUGGGUCCCACGGGGGCCGAGGCCGGGGCCGAGCGCGCCUGAAGUCGACCACCUCGUCUGUUGACACCUUAGCACUCGCUGACGUGGAGAGCUCGCCCAGCAAGGAGGAGGACGAGGACGAUGAUGACACAAUGCAGAACACGGUUGUCCUCUUCUCCAACACUGACAAGUUUGUGCUCAUGCAGGACAUGUGCGUGGUGUGCGGCAGCUUCGGGCGUGGGGCCGAGGGGCACCUCCUCGCCUGCUCCCAGUGCUCCCAGUGCUACCACCCUUACUGUGUCAACAGCAAGAUCACCAAGGUGAUGCUGCUGAAGGGCUGGCGCUGCGUGGAGUGCAUCGUGUGCGAGGUGUGCGGCAAAGCCUCCGACCCCUCGCGCCUGCUGCUCUGCGACGACUGCGACAUCAGCUACCACACCUACUGCCUGGACCCGCCGCUGCAGACCGUGCCCAAGGGCGGCUGGAAGUGCAAGUGGUGCGUGUGCUGUGUGCAGUGCGGGGCUGCAAACCCCGGCUUCCACUGCGAGUGGCAGAACAACUACACGCACUGCGCGCCCUGCGCCAGCCUCGUCGUCUGCCCCUUCUGCCGCGAGAAGUACGUGGAGGACGACCUGCUCAUCCAGUGCCGGCACUGCGAUCGGUGGCUGCACGCGGCGUGUGACAGCCUCUUCACUGAGGAGGAGGUGGAGCAGGCUGCGGAUGAAGGCUUCGACUGCAGCGCCUGCCAGCCCUACGUGGUCAAACCUGUGCCCCCGCCUUCUGCAGAGAUGAUCAAAGCCAAGGAUCCAGAGCCCCAGUAUUUCCGCUUCGAGGGCGUGUGGCUGACGGAGACGGGGAUGGCCGUGCUGCGCAACCUGACCCUGUCCCCCCUGCACAAGCGGCGGCAGCGCAAGGGCCGCCCGGGCACCCUCAACGGGGAUGGGGGGCUGGAGGGGGGCGACCCCCUGGGCCCUGAGGACAAGAAGGACGGUGACCUGGACACCGAUGAGCUGCUCAAAGCUGAGGUGGGUGUGGAGCACAUGGAGUGUGAGAUCAAGCUGGAGGCUCCAGCCAGCCCUGACCGUGAUGUUGGAGCUGAUGGAGACUCGGGGAAGGGGCUGGAGGACCCUGAGGAGUGCAAGAAGAGGAAGCGCAAACCUUACCGGCCUGGCAUUGGCGGGUUCAUGGUGCGGCAGCGCAAAUCCCACACGCGGCUCAAGAAGGUGUCGGCGGCGCCGCCGGACGUGGGGCGCGAGGGGCUGAGCGCCGAGGGACACCCUGAGGAGGGGGCUCCAGGUGAUGUCCCAGCCGAGGCUGGCCUGGAUCCAGGCUCAGGAGAGGGGGACGAGAAGAAAAAGCGCCGGGGACGGAAGAAGAGCAAGUUGGAGGACAUGUUCCCCCCGUACCUGCAGGAAGCGUUUUUUGGGAAGGCACUGAUGGACCUGAGCCGGAAGGCGCUGCUGGCAGCAGGCGGGGUGGGGGACGGGGCUGCCCGCCCCUCCUUGGGCCAGGGUGCCCCAAGGCCCAAGGGGGACCUCAGCCUCACUGGGGCACUGCAGGGGGGCACCUUGGACAGGAGGGAGACCCCCACCCACCCCCGAGGGGACGACAGCACUGACGGCAGCGCCGCCGCUCCCGAUGAUGAUGGCAAGGACGACGCGAAGGCCGAGGAUCUGGGGGCUGACGAGCCGAAGGAUUCCCCGGACCGUGGGGACACCGAAAAACCAGCAACCCCGGGCGAGGGAGCGCUAAGCUCUGACCUCGACAAGAUCCCCACGGAAGAGCUGCCCAAGAUGGAGAGCAAAGACGUGCAGCAGCUCUUCAAGGACGUGCUGGGCUCGGCGGAGCGCGGGGAGCAGCCCCUCAACUGCGUGGCCGCGGGGAUGGAGGCCGGGCAGGACCCCAGCCGAGCACAGCGCCCGUUCCUGCAAGGGGACCUCCAGCUCUCGGGGCAGGGGAGCGUUUCCCUGGGCUCACUCUCCGGAUCCGUCUCCUUGGACUCGUACUCGGGGGUCUGCCAGUCCCCAUUCCUCGAUAACAGGGAGCGGAGUGGCUUCUUCAGCCCAGACCACUGCGAGCCCGAGAGCCCCUGGGCCAGCAGCUCAGCUGCCACCACCCCCUCGACCCCCACGACGCCCACGACGGAGGGCGAGGGUGACGGGCUGUCCUACAACCAGCGCAGUUUGCAGCGCUGGGAGAAGGACGAGGAGCUGGGUGAGCUCUCCACCAUCUCCCCCGUCCUCUACGCCAACAUGAACUUCCCCAAUCUCAAGCAGGAUUAUCCAGACUGGUCGAGCCGCUGCAAACAGAUCAUGAAGCUCUGGAGGAAAGUCCCUGCCACGGACAAAGCCCCGUAUUUGCAAAAGGCCAAAGAUAACCGGGCGGCUCAUCGCAUCAACAAGGUGCAGAAGCAGGCCGAGAGCCAGAUCAACAAGCAGACCAAAGGGGAGGGACUGCGCAAGCCUGAGAGGCCCUCGCUGCACCUGCGGAUCCCGGUGCCGUCAGGGGCACAGCCCGUCUACAUCAGCAGCCCCCCCGCCGCCGGAGAGGGCUUCCUGAAGCCCCCAGCUGGUGCUGGAGGGGGACCAGAGUCUCCCAGCGAGCUCUUCCUCAAGCUCCCGCCCCAGUCCCCCGCCCAAGUGCCUUCGCACGAUCCCUACGGCGCGGCCUCCGCCUUCUCGCUGGAGCCUCGCUUCCCCUCGCCCCUGGGCCAGAGCCCCACGUCGGGUGCUGCCUUCCAGCCUUUCCUGCCCACCCCACCUGGCACCCCCCGGCACCAACCUGGCACCCCUGACCCCUUCCUGAAGCCCCGGUGCCCUUCCUUGGACAACCUCUCGGUGCCAGGGAGUCCUGGGGCGCGGCCCCCUGAGGCCCUGCUCUCUCCCCUGCCUUUUGGGGAGCAGAAGAAGGGUCUGGAGGUGAAGAAGGAGGAUGGGGGGAGCCUGGGGGUCUGCUCGCCCGGCUACACUUCUGCCAUGGGCUACGGGGACUCUCCCGGUGGCCCCCACCUCUCGGCUGCGGAGCUGAAGGCGGCCGACGUCUUCAAAGCCCCCAUGACCCCACGGGUCUCUCAGGUAGAGCCGCAGAGCCCGGGGCUGGGGCACCGGCCCCCCGCAGCGGCCGGGCCACAGCCGCCCUUUGCCCGCUCGCCCGGUGCCAGCGUGUUCGCAGGGAGCCAGCCCCCCAUGCGCUUCACCUUCCCCCCGGCCGUCUCGGAGCCGCUCAAGGGCUCCCCGUCCCACCAGCCCCACGGGAUCAACAGCCAUUACGGCUCUGGGAAGCCCCAGAGCUCGGCCUACGCCUCGUCCCCCAGCUUCCACCAGGCCAGCAGCCCGCUGGGCCCUGGCACUGCCGCCCACGACUCCUACAGCCUGUCGCCCCUGCGGCCCCCGUCGGUGCUGCCGCCGCAGCCCCCGGCCCCUCCGCAGCAGCAGGACCCUUCUGGAGCCUUCCUGCCCCGCGCUGCGCUGGGACUGACAGCUGACAAGAGGGAGGAGGUGGCUGCAGGGCUCUCGGCACCCCCAAACCGGGACCUGGCAGAGCUGCCCGGUGGCCAGGACGGGGCUCUGGGCACCAUGAGCCAGUCAGAGCUGGAGAAGCAGCGCGCCAGCGGCUGCGGGAGCUGCUCAUCUGCCGCCGCCUCCUCCUCGCCGGCUGCCUGGGCCCCUGAGGCCGGCGGGCAGAGCUUUGAGCUGAGCCGGGGCAUGGCCCCCUACCAGCCAGCACAGGACAAGGCUCUGCUCGGGACUCUGGCCACAGCAGCCGGUGCUGGGAAGCUGCCCGGCUCCGUCAUGGUGCAGGCAGCGUUUGCACAGGACGAGCGGCUGUCCCGGCCCCCGCCGGCGGCCACGCCAGCCAUGCUGGACAUCAGCGGGCGGUGGGUGCCCCCUGACAGGGAGAUGGGCUCAGCAUGCACGGGUGGGAGCCAGCAGGAGCAUGUGUACCCCCAGCUUGCGGGCGUUACUCUGGAGGGAGGGGAUGGCUGCGGGUUUUUGGGUGCUUGGUGCAGUCGGAGGAGGAUGGGACAGCGUGUGUCAGGGCUGUACCAGGCUGAUGCCAACACCAUCGUGUUUUCCAGGGCGGCAGUGGGGCCCCCCCAGGCCUUCUACCCCCGUGGGCCCGGGCCCCCCCCCCCCCCCCCCCCCCCCCCGGCCACUGGGACCCCCAUGGGCAGCCUGGGCACUCGCCUGCCCACCCCUGCCGAGGCCGUGCCCCCCUCACCCGCUGCCCUGGGCGCUCCCUUCAUCGAGCUGCGACACAACGUGCAGAAGGGACCCGGGGGUGUCGUGGGGUCUCCCUUUGCCCCCCAGGCACCCCGGCCUCGCUUCUUCCUGCCCGGGGAGGAAGGCACCCCCCAGGCCCUGUGCACCCCUGUCAUGCCCAUGCAGGCACUGCCAUCCCAGAAGGUUCCAGCACCGCUGCCACCUGCAUCCCCGCAGGGAGCCGAGAUGGGCAACAGCCACCAGCAGCCCCACGCCAAGGCGGCCCCGCCGCUGCCAGCCCCCACCCUGGAGCUGCAGCAGCACAUCCCCCCGCGCCCGCUGUCCUCCGGUGCCACCCUCCGCCCCGAGGGUCCCAAGGAUGGCCCUGCUGCUCCAGACCCUGUGCCUGCCCCAGGCAAGAGCCACCUGAGCCUGGAGGGGGGGCGGCUGCCCUGCGAGGUGCCCGUGGAGCCUGAUUUGGAUGAUGACUUCGGCUCCCACAAGGACUUGGAAGACGAUGAUGAUUUGGCCAACCUUAGCCUGGAUCCAGAUGUGGCCAAAGGGGACGAUGACUUGGAUAAUUUGGACAGCCUGGAGACAGCAGACCCCCACCUUGAUGACCUGCUGAAUGGUGACGAGUUCGACCUGCUGGCCUACACUGACCCCGAGCUGGACACGGGUGACAAGAAGGACAUCUUCAACGAGCACCUGCGCCUGGUCGAGUCGGCCAACGAGAAGGCAGAGCGUGAGGCCCAGCUCAAGACAGAACCGCCAGCGCCCACCUUGAAGCUCCCCGACCCUGGGGACAGCAAAGAUGUCACCCCAUCUGUGGAGGAUCAGGAGGUGCCCAAGGAAGGAUUGGUGUCUGGGAUGGGUUUGGGACUCUCUGCCUGCCCCACGGGCUCUGUGCUGCCCCCUGACCCAGCUUUCAAGGCACAGGGUGUGGACGCAAAGGCUGGCUCGCUGCCCGCUGAUGUCAAGCCCAAGCUGGAGGACGGCUGCCUGAAGACCUCGCCCUGCCAGUUCACCACCUCUGGUCCCGAGCGUCUCCCGGUGCCAGUCAAGUCAGAAGCACUGCAGGGCACAGAUAAAAUCUCUGCUUCCCUGGGCCUGAGCGUCAAACCUGGCCAGACCCUCCUGAGCUCCAGCACCGGCCCCACUCGCCUCAGCCUGACUCAGUUCUCCAACAGUGGCCACGCUGGCGUCCCCGUGCUGGAGAAAGACCCCUACACCGGCCCUGGCCGUGGGCUGGCAACCGCCCAGCUGGGUGGCCAGAGCAACCCCUUGCUGGAGAAGUUUGAGCUGGACAGUGGAGCCUUGGGGCUGGGCAGUGCCCGGCACUCGCCAGCAGACGACUUGGACAAGAUGGAGAGCUCGUUGGUGGCCAGCGAGCUGCCGCUGCUCAUCGAGGACCUCCUGGAGCACGAGAAGAAGGAGCUGCAGAAGAAGCAGCAGAUGUCAGCCCACUUGCCCCGUGGCACCCCCCACCUCCCAGCCCCGGGGCACCCCAUGCUGCACACAGGGGCAUCUGGGCAGCCUCCUGAGGGGCAGCCACCCCGUCUGGGCACCCCACAGACACCCCUCCAGCUGGGGCUGGUGGCCCGGCCACCGCUGCUGCCGCCACAGCCCCCCCGGCUCAACGCACCCCAGCAGGGCCCAGCUCUGGCCCCCCACAUGGGCAUGGGCUCUGGGCAGCCCCAUGUGCUGUCAUCCCCCCACGGGGUGCAGGUGGCCCUGGGGCAGCCGCAGCAGAGCCAGCAGCAGGUGCUGGUGCAGAAGCCAAUGGCCGGGGUACAGCCCCCCACCCUGGGCCUGAAGCCCCCUCAGCUCGUCAUGCAGCAGCAGCUGGCCAACAGCUUCUUCCCAGACACAGACCUGGACAAGUUUGCGGCCGAGGACAUCAUGGACCCCAUUGCUAAGGCCAAGAUGGUGGCACUGAAGGGCAUCAAGAAGGUGAUGGCUCAGGGCAGCAUUGGGGUGGCCCCAGGCAUGAACAGGCAACAGGUUUCCCUUCUGGCCCAGCGGCUCUCGGGGGGCCCGGCUGUCUCUGAGAUGCAGAACCACUUACUGGCAGGGAGUGGGCAGGAGCGGAGCGGCACAGACCCGACCCAGGCUCGCCCCAACCCACCCACCUUUGCACAGGGCGUCAUCAACGAGGCUGACCAGCGGCAGUACGAGGAGUGGCUGUUCCACACGCAGCAGCUGCUGCAGAUGCAGCUGAAGGUGCUGGAGGAGCAGAUCGGGGCGCACCGCAAGUCGCGCAAGGCGCUGUGCGCCAAGCAGCGCACGGCCAAGAAAGCCGGGCGCGAGUUCCCCGAGGCCGACGCCGAGAAGCUGAAGCUGGUGACGGAGCAGCAGAGCAAGAUCCAGAAGCAGCUGGACCAGGUGCGGAAGCAGCAGAAGGAGCACACCAACCUCAUGGCUGAGUACCGCAACAAGCAGCAGCAGCACCAGCACCAGGCCUCAGCCGUGAUGGCCCUGAGCCCCUCGCAGAGCCCCCGCCUCAUGUCCAAGCUCCCAGGACAGCUCCUGUCAGCACACGGCGUGCAGCAGCCCGGGGGAGCCCUGGUGGGAGCACAGGGCCUGGGGCAGCAGCCAGGACAGCCUGGGGGGCUGCGCCUGCCCCAGGGCGGUGUGUCCAUGGCUGUGCAGCAGGGCCUGUCCUUCAUGGGGCAGCAGCCCGUGGGGAAUGCCCCAGGACCUGGCUCCUCUGGCGCUUUCUUCAGCGGGAACCCCGCGCUGCGUGGGCUGGCCGCUGACAGCCGCCUGAUGCAGGAGCGGCAGCUCCAGAGGAUGCAGCUGGCACAGAAACUGCAGCAGCAGAACAUGCUGGGACAGGUGUCACUGCAGCAGCAGCCAGGUGUGAUGGGACAGACGUCAAUGCAGCAGCCAGGUGUGAUGGGACAGGUGUCGCUGCAGCAGCCAGGUGUGAUGGGACAGGCGGCCAUGCAGCAACAGGGCGUGAUGGGACAAACAUCAAUGCAGCAGCCGGGUGUGAUGGGACAGGCAGCCAUGCAGCAAUCAGGUGUGAUGGGACAGGCAUCCAUGCAGCAAUCAGGUGUGAUGGGACAGACGUCACUGCAGCAAUCAGGUGUCAUGGCACAAGCAUCGAUGCAGCAACAGGGCGUGAUGAAUCAAACGUCCAUGCAGCAGCCAGGUGUGAUGGGACAGGCAUCGCUGCAGCAGCCAGGUGUGAUGGCACAGGCAUCCAUGCAGCAGCCAGGUGUGAUGGGACAGACGUCCAUGCAGCAACAGGGUGUGAUGGGACAGGCGUCCAUGCAGCAGCCGGGUGUGAUAGGACAGAGCUCGAUGCAGCCACAGAGCAUCAUGGCACAGACGUCCAUGCAGCAGCCAGGUGUGAUGGGACAAGCUUCAAUGCAACAGGCAGGUGUGCUGGCCCAGACAUCACUCCAGCAGCCGGGCAUGAUGGGCCAGGCAUCCAUGCAGCAGCCAGGUGUGCUGGGCCAGGCCCCCGUGCAGUCCACAGCCGUGGGGCAGCCCGGCCUGCUGGGGCAGCAGCAGCAGCAGCCCCCAGCCCCACAGCCCGGCACAGGGGCUCAGCCCAUGGUGCCGAAGCAGCCGGGGCUGCUGGGCAGCCAGCAGAGCCUCCUGGUGCAGCAGCUCUCACCCCAGCAGCAGCCAGGCGUGCUGGGCCACGCACCGGGGCUGCAGCACCAGCCUGUGCUGGGCCACCCCCAGCCCCAGCGCCAGGUCAUCCUGGCCCCCCACCAGCAGCGGGUGCUGGGCUCGCCCCAGCUGACACCACAGACACCAGGGAUGCUGAGCCACCGGCUCGUGCUCUCCCAGCAGCUGGGGCCGUCUCGGGCACUGCUGGCCCCGCAGCAGCAGCAGAACUCGGCGGCUGCCCAGCCAGGUCUCCUGGGGCUGGGCCAGGGGCAGCCCUCCAUCCAGCAGCACUUUCCGCAGCACGGGGCGGGGGGCCAGGCCCCCUCUGUGCUGCACCUGAGUCAGGGAAUGCAGCCGGCCCCGGCGGUCCUGGCUGCCAAGGACCAGCCCACGGGGAUGGACGGCAGCGCCCUGCACGCUGAGGGCGGUGAGAGUGGGGGGCAGCUGCACGGGGAGCAGCAGGGAGCCCUCAACCCCCCGGGCCUGGGGGGCCCGGAGCCCCCGGCCCCCAAGCACCAGGCUGAGCUGGGGCAGGGCCAGCAGCUCCUCUUGAGCUCCCCGCAGCCGGCUGUCAUGCGGGCAGCCCCCGGGCAGGCAGGUGCCCUACUCCCCCCGCCGCUGCAGAGCCCUGGGGCUGUUCACCCCGAGCUGUCCCAGCAGCAUGGGGACACGGCUGGGGUGGCAGAGCAGCCCCUGGGCUGUGGGACGGGCCCAGCACAGGCCAUGGUGCCAGCACCGCGGCCCCCAGAGCAGCCGGGCAAGGGGGUGGCAGGGCCCCUGCCAGGGCAGCCACAGCCACAGCCCCUGCCCCACAAAGUCGGGCCGGCGUCGGGCACUGCCACGCUCCCGCCGAGCCUCCUGGGGCAGGUGCCAGGGCCAGUGAUGGGCCAGAUCCGGGCGCAGCUCCAGGGUGUCCUGGCCAAGAACCCGCAGCUGCGGCAUCUGACGCCGCAGCAGCAGCAGCAGCUCCAGGCCCUCCUGGUGCAGCGGCACCAGCAGAGCCUGCUGCAGCAGAACCAGGCACUACGGACCCCUGGCCCCUUCCCCGGGCAGGCCCCGGACUACAGCUUGCCUGCGACCCGCCAGCCCCCUCGUCCCAUGGGGUCCCUUUUCCAGCCCCGGCCAGGCGCCCCAGCAGAGGCACAGGCCAGCUCUGCCACCGAGCCGGGGCGGGUGCUGCCAGGGCAGCCCCCCCAGCAGCCCCUGGCUGAGCUGGUUCAGGCAGCUCUGGCUGCCCGUGGCCCCCAGCCCGGCCUCAUCCGCCUCCCCACGCCACCAGCCCCCUCACCCCUGGGCUGUGCCCCCCAGCACCUGGCCAGCCCUGAGCAGAGCCCCCAAGAGCCAAAGAAGACGUCACCGGGAGUCCCGGCCUUGGCCCCCAGCCCUGCGGCCCCCACAGAACCAGGGCUGACUCCCACGCCAAGCGCUGCCCUUCCCGACCCAGCACACGGCCCCUGGGACCCUGAUGCGCCUGGGGCGGACCCAGCUGACCCUGCUGAGACCCACAUCAAUGGGGCUGCGCCAGAGGGGGCCCCUGCAGGAGGCGAAGCCCCCCCGGUGUUGGUGAAGCAGGAGCCGAAGGAAGAGGCGGCGGCAGCGGCACAGUGUGAGGUGGAUGGAGGCGAGACAGCGAAACCAGAGGCCAAUGGGGACCCUGGGGACAGCCAAGCCAACAGCCUGCUGGCCCCAGGUGGGCGCUCUGAGGCUGGGCACCUGCUGCUGCAGAAGCUACUGCGGGCCAAGAACGUGCAGCUGUCAGCGCAGAGCCCGGGCGAGCUCAAUGGGCACGUGGAGAACCGGAGCACUGGGCCGGAGCCGCGGCCGCAGUCGCUGCUGCUGGGCCGGGAGGACCCCUCCAUCGCCAGGAAGCCGGCACCCACCAAGCCUAAGCGGGUGCAGAAAGGCAACGAGCGGAUCCCAGCGUCCCGCAAGAAGCUGCGGAAGGAUGAGGGGCUGCGUCCCGGCGAGGCCCUCAUGAAGCAGCUGAAGCAGGAGCUGUCGCUGCUGCCGCUGACGGAGCCGACCAUCAUGGCCAACUUCAGCCUCUUCGCGCCGUUCGGCAGCAGCCCCAUCAACGGGAAGAGCCAGCUGCGGGGCGCCUUCGGCAGCGCCGUGCUCGACAGCGUCCCCGACUACUACUCCCAGCUGCUCACCAAGAACAACCUCAGCAACCCACCCACGCCACCCUCCUCGCUGCCCCCCACACCCCCUCCCUCCGUGCAGCAGAAGAUGGUGAAUGGUGUCACGGCCCCUGAAGAGCUGGGGGAGCAGCCCAAGGAUGCUGACCCAGCCCGCGAGCCCCACGGCCAGAAAGAUGCACCAGCUGUGGAGGUGAAGAGCCUGGACCUGCUGGCAGCGCUGCCCACCCCUCCGCACAACCAGACCGAGGACGUCAGGAUGGAGAGUGACGACGAGAGCGACUCCCCCGACAGCAUCGUCCCUGCUUCAUCCCCCGAGAGUGUCCUGGGCGAGGAGCUGCUCCGCUUCCCCCUCCUCAGCGAGGCCAAGCCAGAGCUGGAGGAGCGUGUGCUGUCACCCAUCAUCCCCAUCAUCCCCCGGGCCAGUAUCCCAGUGUUCCCCGACACAAAACCCUACGAGGUCGCAGAGCCCUUUGGGGCUCCACCAGGGAAGGUGGGGGCAGCAGGCCCUGGAGCCCCAUGGGAGAAGGGCAAGAGCAGCGAGGUCUCCGUCAUGCUGACGGUGUCUGCAGCAGCUGCCAAGAACCUCAACGGGGUGAUGGUGGCCAUGGCCGAGCUGCUGAGCAUGAAGAUCCCCAGCUCCUACGAGGUGUUGUUCCCCGACGGCCCUGUGCGAGCAGCUGUGGUUGAGGCCAAGAGGGUGGAGACUGAUAUGGCUGGAAUGCUCGGAGGGAAGGAGAAGGCGCUGGCUGGGAAGGUGCCGGACAGCAGCUCCGAGUGGCUGAAGCAGUUCGAUGCCGUGCUGCCAGGGUACAGCCUCAAGGGCGAGCUGGACCUCCUGACGCUGCUCAGACAGGAGAGCCCUGCUCCUGAGAAGACCCUUCACCACUGCUACGUCAACAACGUCUCCAACCUGGACGUGCGGCAGCUCUCUGUCCUGCCCCAGGAGCCCAUGCUGACGGUGUCUGCAGCAGCUGCCAAGAACCUCAACGGGGUGAUGGUGGCCAUGGCCGAGCUGCUGAGCAUGAAGAUCCCCAGCUCCUACGAGGUGUUGUUCCCCGACGGCCCUGUGCGAGCAGCUGUGGUUGAGGCCAAGAGGGUGGAGACUGAUAUGGCUGGAAUGCUCGGAGGGAAGGAGAAGGCGCUGGUUGGGAAGGUGCCCGACAGCAGCUCCGAGUGGCUGAAGCAGUUCGAUGCCGUGCUGCCAGGGUACAGCCUCAAGGGCGAGCUGGACCUCCUGACGCUGCUCAGACAGGAGAGCCCUGCUCCUGAGAAGACCCUUCACCACUGCUACGUCAACAACGUCUCCAACCUGGACGUGCGGCAGCUCUCUGUCCUGCCCCAGGAGCCCUCGCCCCCGCUGUCCCCCUCCGUUCCCUCCCCGUCCAGCCCCGCUGAGCCCACCAGGGUCCCUGACCCCGAGGCGUCCCGCGAGGCAGCCCCAGCCCCAUUGUCACCGCUGCCACCCGCCCCCUCGCCAGCCCCCCAGGAGGAAGGGGCCACGGCCGCCCUCUCGCCGCCCCGGUUCAAGCCGCGCUCGCGGCCCCCGGAGGACGGGGACGAGGCGAGGCCGCGGCUGAAGAAGUGGAAAGGGGUGCGCUGGAAACGGCUGCGCUUCCUCGUCACCAUCCAGAAAGGGGGGGCCAAGCGCGACGGCGACAAGGAGAUCGCCGAGUUCAUCGACAAGCUGGGCACCACGCUGCGCCCCGAGAAGGUGCCGCAGGACCUGCGCAAGUGCUGCUUCUGCCACGAGGAGGGCGACGGGGCCACGGACGGGCCGGCCCGCCUGCUCAACCUCGACCUUGACCUCUGGGUCCACCUGAACUGCGCCCUGUGGUCCACGGAGGUGUACGAGACUCAGGGAGGGGCUCUGAUCAACGUGGAGGUGGCCCUGCACCGCGGGCUGCUCACCAAGUGCUCCCUGUGCCAGAAAACCGGCGCCACCAACAGCUGCAACCGCAUCCGCUGCCCCAGCGUGUACCACUUCGCCUGCGCCAUCCGCGCCAAGUGCAUGUUCUUCAAGGACAAGACCAUGCUGUGCCCCCUGCACAAGCUGAAGGGGCCCUGCGAGCAGGAGCUCAGCAGCUUCACCGUGUUCCGCCGCGUCUACAUCGAGCGGGACGAGGUGAAGCAGAUCGCCAGCAUCAUCCAGCGCGGGGAGCGGCUCCACAUGUUCCGCGUGGGCGGCUUGGUCUUCCACGCCAUCGGGCAGCUGCUGCCGCACCAGAUGGCCGAUUUCCACAGCGUCACCGCCCUCUACCCCGUGGGCUACGAGGCCACGCGCAUCUACUGGAGCCUGCGGACCAACAACCGCCGCUGCUGCUACCGCUGCACCAUCUGCGAGAACAACGGGCGCCCCGAGUUCGUCGUGCAGGUCAUCGAGCAGGGCCUGGAGGAUCUUGUGUUCUCCGACUCCUCGCCACAAGCUGUGUGGAACCGGAUCAUCGAGCCCGUGGCGAUGAUGAGGAAGGAGGCCGACAUGCUGCGGCUCUUCCCCGAGUACCUGAAGGGCGAGGAGCUCUUCGGCCUCACGGUGCACGCGGUGCUGCGCAUCGCUGAGUCGCUGCCGGGUGUUGAGAGCUGCCAGAACUACCUGUUCCGCUACGGGCGCCACCCUCUGAUGGAGCUGCCGUUGAUGAUCAAUCCCACCGGCUGCGCCCGCUCCGAGCCCAAGAUCCUCACCCACUACAAGCGGCCCCACACCCUGAACAGCACAAGCAUGUCCAAGGCCUAUCAAAGCACAUUCACGGGCGAGACCAACACGCCCUACAGCAAGCAGUUUGUGCACUCCAAGUCCUCCCAGUACCGGCGCCUGAAGACGGAGUGGAAGAACAACGUGUACCUGGCACGGUCCCGCAUCCAGGGGCUGGGGCUUUAUGCAGCCAAGGACAUCGAGAAGCACACGAUGGUCAUCGAGUACAUCGGCACCAUCAUCCGCAACGAGGUGGCCAACAGGCGGGAGAAGAUCUAUGAGGAGCAGAACCGUGGCAUUUACAUGUUCCGCAUCAACAACGAGCACGUCAUUGACGCCACGCUGACGGGGGGCCCGGCCAGGUACAUCAACCACUCGUGUGCCCCGAACUGUGUGGCCGAAGUCGUGACCUUCGACAAGGAGGACAAGAUCAUCAUCAUCUCCAGCCGGCGCAUCCCCAAGGGGGAGGAGCUCACCUACGACUACCAGUUUGACUUCGAGGACGAUCAGCACAAGAUCCCCUGCCACUGUGGAGCUUGGAAUUGCAGGAAGUGGAUGAACUAACUGGGAAAAAGGGGCUGGGGGCUGCCAUCCCCGCCUCAGAGACCUGGCCGAGCCCCCCAGGGCUGCAGGAGGUGCCAGGGGCGGCCGGGCACUGAGGGAGAGCAGCGGCUGCAGCGCUGCCGGCCCUGCCCGAGCGGGACGGACGGACAGACAGAUGAACUG